AUGAGCAAAUACCAGCCGCCAACAAAGAAAAAAGUAACAAAACAAACUGUUCCCCAGUAAUCUAAGAAGCAAGAAUAAUAACAAGAAUAAAUUUAUCUAGAGACUAUCCUUGAUCCAACAUAAGAAUCAAUCAUCAGUUUAAUCUAAGAGUAUCUAGUUAGAUACUAAUUGCUGAAUACUUUAGAUACAUUAUCAAAAGAAUUAGCUUCUGGACAAAUGGGAGCUGAGACUUAUCAUCUAGAUUCUGAAUUACUUGAAGUAUGUUACAUUUCAAAUUAAUUAGUAUUUUGAUAAAGGGUAAUACGAAAUGUUUUUCAUGUUAUGGAACAAAUAUCUUCCUUAUAAUUUAAGAAUGAAGGAUGAAGAUGCUAAGAAAUUGGAGUUUUACAUCUAAAUCUAUUUCUUGAUCUAUGAAAUACAUCCAAAAACUGGUAAAAAAGGAGGUAUCAUUAGUAAAGCUGCACUUCAUUAUUUUAAAACAUAUCUUGAUACCAAAGGCUAGGAGUAUGCAAUUCUUGUUUUAUUUAGGCUAUCUAAAACCACUGAAUUUCUACCAUAUUAUGCCCUUCCAUAUGUACAAAGACCACAAGAACAUUAAACCUAUAAACAUUUAUUUACAAAUCAAUGGAUUUUGGAAACGAAAGGAAAACUUGUUAAAUUAACAAAUGAAUUAUUAAAUAGAGAGUAAUUAACUGUAAUGGAAUAAAUGUAUUAAAAUUUUACAGAACAAGAACCAAAGAAAGUGGUACUAUAUUAGAUCUAUUAAUAGAAUUUAACAUAAUCUAAUUAAAAUUAUACUACAUAAUUAGGGAUGAAUAAUUAAGAAUUGUUAGCUGUUAUAUAAGAUUAUAAUUUGAAAUAUAAUUAAAUGCAAAAGAAAUUUAAAGAUUAUAUUGAAUAAAGCAAGUAAACUAUGAUAGAGGCUUAAUAAAAAUGGUAUCAAUUAAACAAAGAAGUUACAGAUAUAGCUAAUUAAUUAAAUAAAAUGUUAGAAGAUAGUAGAAGAGGAAAACAAGUUCCAUAAGAUCAAUUAGAUGAAUAAUUAAAAAAACUAGCUAAAUUAUCACAAUUCUUCAGUACAUCAGUGGAAGAGAUUAUUAGUUAGAGUUAAGAUAUAUCUAUGUAUGAUAAGGCAAGCAUUUUUGAAAAUGAUUUGAGCAUAAGUCCCAUACCACAACAUUCUUAAUAAUAACAUUUUAAUUUUAAUUAACCUUAAAUUCCUUAUGUGUAAUUAAAUUAUUCAAAAAUCAAAUCAGUAUUUUAGGAUGGUUCAAGUGAUCCUGGAUUCAUUUGUAGAAUUUUGUAAGCCUUAAGAUUUAGAAUUACAACUGCAAAAGGAGCUAGAGUUAGAAGAGAAAUCUUAAUUUAAUAUGCUUAAUUUGAUAUUUUGGGCUGCACUCCUGGAAAUACAGCGGUUUUGCAAAGGUUAUUAGUUGAUGCACCUAAUUCUGUAAAGGAAUAUACAUUACGUUUAACUAAUGCUAUGGCUAGUGAUUAUUAAGGUAGGAGCUAUUUAAUGGCUUCUUUUACAUUAAUUAAAACGUUGAUUGAUAUUUUAAAAAAAGAAAAAGAUGAUUCAUUAGUGAGAAGAAAUGCCCUAGGAGCCCUAUAAAAAUUAUCUUUAAGAAGAAAGCCUUAGGUUGUUAUGAUUGAAAAUGAUGUGAUAAAAUGGAUUGUUAAAACAUUGGAAAAUGAAAAGGAGUCCUUGAGUGAAUAUUCAUAUGAAUAUGCAACAGCAUUAUUUAUGAAUCUCAGUAUGAGAGAUUAGGGGAAAUAAAAAUGUGUAGAAUUUAAAAAAGAAGUUCUAAAAGUAUUAAAUGAUCUUUUAGAACAUGACAAUAUGUAAGUAAGAACUUUCGUAAAUGGUACUUUAUACUCUUUGUUUUCAAUCUCUUAAAUGAGAGAAUAAGCCUAAGCUUUGGGAAUGAAAGAAAGAUUAGUGCUUUUGAUGUAGAACUCUGAUGAUAGAUUCAUUAAAUAGAUUUAAUAUAUUUUAGAGUAAAUUAACAAAGUAGGUCCAGAUGAAUUAGAGCCAGAUGAAGAUAAUGAUGUAGAUGAUAUUGAUGAUAUUGAUGAUAGUGAAGAUACAAUAGAAGAAGAAGAUGCUGAAGAUGCCUUAAAGGCUAAGGAUGGAGAAUUAGUAGGAGAAGAAUUACUCAAUGCUCAUUUUAGUUUAUCUCAUUAAGAGGCAAUUUAAGUUUAUAUAUAUUAAUAUUUGUAUAGUAAAAUACAAUGACCAGAUCUAUUAUUAUGCAAGAGAACUAAAAUAAAAAGGCUAUGACACCAAAGAGUUCUUAAUAAUAACCUUUUAGACCAACAACUCCUGUCAUUUCUGCAAGCUAAUUAUAAAAAUCUUAAUUGCCAUCUGAAAUGAAACCUCGACCAAAACUUGCCAGAACACCUGUUGGAUAAGAUAGACCUACUGUUAAUUUUGAUCAAUCUGAAUAACAAUUUUAGUAAUAAAGCAUGAAAUCUUCCUAACAAAACAAUAAUUCCCAACAAAGAUAGCCAUUACCAGAGAUCAAACCAGCUGUCGAAGCACCUUUAGAAUAACCUAGCUACGAAAAAAACGAUGAAGUAAUUAAUAUUUAAUAUCAAUAGUACAAAAAUGCAUUUUAACAUAAACCUAAAAUCCCCAGAACACCACCUUAAAAAUGAU